GUGUUCUUCCUGAGCAGCAGAGUCCACCCAGGAGAAACACCCUCCAGCUUCGUCUUCAACGGCUUCCUGGACUUCAUCCUGCGGGAGGAGGACCCCCGCGCCCAGAUGCUGCGGCGGAUGUUUGUCUUUAAGCUCAUUCCCAUGCUGAACCCCGACGGGGUGGUGCGAGGACACUAUCGAACUGACUCCCGUGGGGUAAACCUGAACCGCCAGUAUCUCAACCCCGACGCCGAGCUGCACCCUGCAGUGUACGGGGCCAAAGCUGUCCUCCUCUACCACCACGUUCACAGCCGCGUCCUGCCAGGCUCUCCUGACUGGAGGACGUACGUCUCGCCGCUCAGCACCAGCUCGCUAAGCACAAAAUCUUCCAACCAUUCCAUCCACAGCAGUGCCCCGUCCCCAGAGGCAGCGCUGUCGGAGCUUGAGAAAGCCAAUAACCUCCGCAACUCACCUGGUACCUGGCGUGCCAGCACGUACUUCAGCCCUUCUCAGGAACUGCGGCUCGUGGGAGUGCCUGCUGCCGAGCUGGGCAGCAAGGACCAAGCUGUCUGGAUCCUCCCUUCAAGGCACGCUGCCGAGCACUGUGAUGCGGAAGCCAGGAGGCCUCCGCCAACACCUCUCCCCGAAACCAUCCUGCCCCAGGACAGUGGGCUGGCCUACUACGUCGAUCUCCACGGGCAUGCCUCCAAGCGCGGCUGCUUCAUGUACGGCAACAGUUUCAGUGACGAGAACGAUCAGGUGGAGAACAUGCUGUUCCCCAAACUCAUCUCCUUGAACUCGCCUCACUUUGACUUCACGGGCUGUAACUUCUCAGAGAAGAACAUGUACGCCAAAGACAAGCGGGACGGGCAGUCAAAAGAGGGCAGCGGGCGAGUGGCCGUCUACAAAGCCUUGGGGAUCAUCCACAGCUACACGCUGGAGUGCAACUACAAC